UUCUGUUUAUCAGGCUACUGAUAUAUGACACGGAACAAUUUAACGUGAACAAAAUGGCUGUGUGCUUGGCGUUUGCUUGGCUGCAUGUGCGCAUGCGCACCACACCUCAGCGCGCAGAUCGGGGAGCAGGUAUUGAGGUUAGUGAGUGAGAGAGUGAGUGAGUGAAUGAGUGACAGGCUGGAGCUCAAAAGCUGUCUGAUCAUCGAUCAUAUUAGUGUGCCAAGGUGUUCCGCGCUCUUGGAGCUCAGGCUAGCCUGUCAGGCGAAGCAAACAGACGGUGUGAUCAUUACCUGAACUGACUGGUGUUUUGCGGCAUCCUAAAGCUGAGUUUUGAAUGAACAUUAGGUGACACUGUCAGGUGAAUAUCAGAAAGCUGUCCGGGUUUGGACUUGGAGAAGCCAGAGUGCACCUGCAUCCCGAGCUCGGACGCGCGGCUGCACAGGCACAGCCGAGAGGAAUGUCGCGCGCAUGAAGUUAUGGAUUGCAGAAAGACUCUGAUUACUUUCAGAAACCAUUCAGUGGAGAUUUGAUAGGGGAUUUUUUUUUGUGUGUGUGUGUGUGCAUCUUGGGAAUUCGUUUUUAUCUUGAAACCGUCAUUUCAGUACCAAUCGCACAAUAAUGUUCCAGCACAAAAAGUGUUUCACGAUUGAAUCUCUGGUCGGAAAAGACUCAAACUCCUCCAGCGCUGGAGAUGAACCGAUUCGCCCCACGGCUCUGCGCUACACCGAGUCUGUGCAUCCGGCUCCGUUCGGCAGCUGCUUUCAGAACUCGGCUCGGACGCUGUACGGGAACGUUAACGCGGACAUGAUGUUCCCGGACCCGGGCUCCCACUCAGCCAACUCCGCACUGGCUCUGCGGCACCUGCCCAUCCCCACUCAGCCCUUCUUCACCCCACACCAGCGGGACAGCCUGCACUUCUACCCCUGGGUGCUCAGAAACAGAUACCUCGGACACCGCUUUCAAGGUGAGGACAGCAGCCCGGAAAACCUGCUGCUGCAUGGACCAUUCUCGCGCAAGCCCAAGCGCAUCCGCACGGCCUUCUCCCCCUCACAGCUGCUGCGACUGGAGCGUGCUUUUGAGAAGAACCACUACGUAGUGGGUGCUGAGCGCAAGCAGCUGGCCAAUGGCCUCUGUCUUACUGAGACCCAGGUUAAGGUAUGGUUUCAGAACCGGAGAACCAAGCACAAGAGGCAGAAACUGGAAGAGGAAUCGCCCGAGCUGCAGCAGAAGAGAAAGGGAAACCAGCACGUGAACCGCUGGAGAGUAGCUACUCAGCAGGGCAGCUCGGACGACAUAGACGUCAUCUCUGAGGACUAACGUCAUGAAUGCAUGUAUAAGAACUCUGUGAAGCUCAGUCAUAAUUAGUGGGAAAAACCAGAGAAGAAAUAAUAAACAAACUAAGCUAAUACCAUUCGAGUUCCAGACAUAGUCAUGAAUCGACUUGGCUGUUAAUUCUAAGGAACGGAAAUCUGUGCUGUCAGCUGAAAAAUUAUGUGUGAGCGGGCACAGCGAGGAUGCCUCAGCUCGAACUGCUCCAAAAGAUUUGAUUCCAAGACUUCUCGUAUGCAAUACAAACAGACCUCUUCAGUUUGGGACUCCACCACAGAGCAUCAAAGAGCGUCUAGUUUUUCACUCCCCCCUCUACCGUCCACUUGAACAUUUCCAUUUCAAUGUAUUAUGUUCGCUCUGGUUAAGACAACAUUCUGAUGGAUGGAUUGUUUGUUUUGUACUGUUGAAUUGUCAAACUGUUCAACCGCAUAGUUUAAUUCUCUACCGAAGUCAAACUCUCAGCCUUAGAUGUACCUUGAGAUAUUUUGUGGAUUUAUGUGUUAUGCAAUGUUUCAAAAAUUCAAAAAAUGUAAAAAUUGUUUUUUACCCUCAGCAAUGAGCAGCAGGUUGUUAAUGAACAUAUGGCAUUGACGCAGAUCCGACAGAUUUCACAGUCUCCUGUUGUGUGCAUUAGGGCAGUUGAACACUUAAAAUAUUUUAUUUGUUCAGAAUGAGCAAACUUUUCUAUGCAUUUGAGUGCCAAGUUUCACUGAAGUCAGGGUUUAAGCAAGAAACCUAAUUUGUUGUUAAAUGUCUUACUAUGUAAAGUAGUUCUGGGGUUUUUUUUUUUUUUUUUUUUUUUGCUUUUCAUUAUGAUUCAAAUUUAAAAGUGAAAAAUCAACAGAAAGAAUAUAAUUAACUAAUUGAGAAAAAUCAUUUACUUCAUGCUGAAAAUGAGAACAUUUGUAGUGUAUCAUUUAAAGUCCAGAAACAGUUUGUAGCACUUCAUGACAGAUUUUUGGUUUAAUGAGGACAAGAGAUUGCACUGUAGCCCUACCAGUUCAUUUUUAUCUGUUGUCUUUUGAAAUUCUUGUUUUGUACUUGUUUCCUGUUUCCUGCAGAUGAUUAGAUAAUAAAAAAAAACAUUGAUCUGACUAAGGGAUUUUUCAUCACUUUUCCAUACCUGGUAUUAAGUAAAUUGCUAAAAUUAUAAAAAGUAUAGGAUUUCAGGAUUUAUAGGAUUAUCAUUAAAAAAAGAUUAUUUUGAUUUUUUUUCUGUUUUUAUUGCAGAUCAUUUUCUUUAAACUUACUAAUUUAAAGAUAAAGACACUUGUUUGCCUUUAACUACUGGGCUUAAAUAGAAACAGCAUAGUUGAACAAAUCAAACCCAAACAAUCACAUACAUAUUUAUAUAUAGAAGAAUGUAUAUAAUGAUAAGUGCAGAUAUGCAAUUUACUUUUGUUUUCUUUUGGUUUUAUAUUGAUUUAGCCAUGUUGAAACUGUAGUGAUUUCCUUGCCUGCCCAUUAAAGCUGUCCUCAUUAAAUCUGUCCUCCAAGUAGGGCCUAAUUAUUUUCAUCUGUUGUGUGAUUCUCACCUCCGAUCCAUCUUUUCCACGUCUGGGUGUGUUUGCAAGGUUGGAAAACAGAUGAGAUCCAGCUCUCAUGAGUUAAAGGCUCUGGGCUUCAAUUUCUACCAGCUGAAAGAUUAAUCCAUGUCACCUUUAUGCAUUGUGAUUUACACCUGUUAAUUCUUCAGGCCCAGAGCAACGGAGACAUGUGAGAUCGGCAUCUUUCUCACCACCUCUUCACAAUAGACAGCCUCAUUAUCAUCCUAUAUGCAUAUAAACUGUGAAAGACAAUGUAAGAACAAAUUAUUCAUAUUCUUCAUAAUUGGUGACAAUAUAGCACCAUUUAGAUCCAAAGCAUGAAUAACGCACAGACCUGAGUGCACGAUAGAUCAAAUUAUUUCGAGUUAAAUGCUAGUAAUGUCAACAGAGAAAAAAGCAGUAGGCAACAGAGACUAUUGUUUAAUGUGAGAUAAAGCUAUUACUGAAUUUUGUGAACUUUCACACUCUCCACAAAAAACAUAUGACUGUGGCUAUCACAAGUUCCAGCUACAACACCCACUAAAUGUGUGCUUCUAUUUUCAGUCCUUGCCUUAGAAAAAAUCUUGUGCUCUUUAAGUUCAUUAUAAAGAAGUGUUCAGUAAUG